CGAACAUUGGGACAAUAAAAUAUUGCAACUACAUACGUAGCUAGUUUAGUACCUUGGACCUACCUUACACAUGUGUUGUGCUACCUUUGGCAUUGUACCUAACUUAUUGGUCAAGAACUUCAACUUACCUACCUAUUUUUACACCAGCUCACCAAUAAAGUUGACCAAUUCGACUGUCUGGUUUUAAUACUUACUAGAUUUUCUAAAGAGUCUUUGGAAAUUGGGACCUAUAUAAGAGACUGGAACGAGGAAUUAAAGUAUUAAGAGAAAUAUUUGCAUCUCUCUUAUUAUCAAAUUUUCUCCGUCCUUUUUUAAAGAGUCUGACUCACCUCAAAUCGACGGCUCUUAUAUCGCACACCACGCAUCUAUCCGCUGCUCGCAUUGUCCGUAGCAAACAGUUAUUAUUGCGUCCCUCGACCCUUGGGUGCUUACUUAUUUACCAUCCCACCAAUCGAGUCUUCUUACAUACUCCCAAGUACUUUGCUCACCCAUCCAUUACGAUGCCAGGUGUCGAUAUGGCGCCCCUUGUGGCCGACGACAUGAGAGUCAUAGGACAGGACCCUCUCAUCCCGCCAGCAUUGCUCAUCUCUGAGAUCCCCAUGACCGAUGCUUCGUUGCAGACGGUCGUUAAGGGUCGAAGAGAUGCAGUUUCUAUCAUCAUGGGCCGCAAUGACCGCCUCUUGGUUGUUGUUGGACCCUGCUCUAUUCACGAUCCGGCUAUGGCGCACGACUAUGCUCAGCGUCUUAAGAAGCUUUCCGAGAAGCUGUCAGACGAUUUAUGCAUCAUCAUGCGUGCCUACCUCGAGAAGCCGCGGACUACCGUAGGCUGGAAGGGUCUCAUUAAUGAUCCCGAUAUCGACAACAGCUUCAAGAUCAAUAAGGGCCUUCGUAUGUCACGACAGAUGUUCAGCGAUCUAACUAACGCAGGCGUACCGAUUGCUAGCGAGAUGCUAGAUACCAUCUCACCCCAGUUCUUGGCCGACUUCAUCUCUGUUGGUGCCAUUGGUGCUCGUACCACCGAGUCACAGCUACACCGUGAACUAGCGUCUGGUCUCUCAUUCCCCAUUGGCUUCAAAAACGGCACUGACGGCAACUUAAAUGUUGCUAUCGAUGCUAUUGGAGCGGCGGCUUCUAAGCAUCAUUUCAUGGGUGUCACCAAACAGGGUCUAGCAGCCAUCACACGAACCAAGGGGAACGAGCAUGGCUUCGUCAUUCUUAGGGGUGGUAGCAGGGGUACCAACUAUGACAAGGAGAGCAUCCAAAAUGCUAAGGAAACGUUGAUCAAGAAGGGACAGAAGUUGGCUAUAAUGGUUGACUGCUCGCACGGAAACUCGAAUAAGGAUCACCGAAACCAGCCCAAGGUUGCUAAGGUAAUUGGUGACCAAUUGAGAGAAGGUGAAAAGGCCAUCGUUGGUGUCAUGAUCGAGUCCAAUAUCAAUGAGGGCAAUCAGAAAGUCCCGGCGGAGGGACCGUCAGGAUUGAAGAAGGGUGUAAGCAUCACCGAUGCCUGCAUUGAUUGGGAUAGCACCGUCGAAGUCCUCGAAGAUCUCGCAGCUGCAGUCCGGGCUCGGAGAGAGAAGAAUGGCGUGCCGAAUGCCAACGGUAGCGAACAAGACCCCAAGACUACUCUCAUUGAAGAGGAAUAAACCCCCAGAUGGGAGCACACGAUCUAUGAACAGGAUUGAUUUCGGGCGCAUCAAAAGGUGGCAUUUAGCUUCAAGUAAAAUUAGUUGUGGGCAAAAGAAGCAGCUCCAACCUAUAUGUGAGUAUUGAUGGCUGUCGUGGAGGUAGGUAUCCGGAAAACUCAACUCAACGAUCUAGGAACUUGAUUGGGAAAGCUCACACAAAAGGCUAGACGUUAGUAUAAUUUAUAGAUGAUCACAAAAUUAGACAAACACGUUUAAUUUCUCCUCG